AUGCACAUUUCCAAAGUGAUAGCUCUUGUGGCACUUGGUGCCAGCACUGCUUCGGCUCAAUUGACGGGCAGUAGCAUUCUUGAAAUCCUCAACACGACCCAACUCUCACCUGCUACCAAGUUUGUGGACUUGUUGACAUCCAAGCCUGAAUACAACACCAUCUUGCAAUUGUUGUCACAGCCUGGCAAUCAUACGUUGUUUGUUCCUUCAGAUCAAGUUUGGGAACGUAUGAUGGAAAGCUCAUCAUCUUCAUCGGGUGGUACUUUUGGUGGCUCUGGUGGCGGUUCGGGUGGCUCUUUUGGCGAAUCACCUAUGGCUUCAAAUUACCCUUGGGGCACUGGUAGCGGUAGUGGUGGUGGUGGUGGAUCAUCAUCCCCUACAAAUAUGCCAUCUUCACAGCAACCACAACAACAAGAACAAGAGCUGGAUCAAGAAGAUUAUUAUGAUGAUGAUGCCAACCCUUGGAGUAUUGAGGCUUUCAGCAGAUGGAUUAAAUUGGGUACCAAGGACAUCCAUAUUGCCCAAAGCCAACAACAGCCUGGUCAAGAACAACCAAAUCAACAGCAACCAGGCCAACAGCAACCUGGCCAACAGCAACCAGGUCAAAAUGGUGGCGGUGGUACUGGUCAACAACAGCCUGGUCAACAACAGCCUGGUCAACAACAACCAGGUCAACAACAACCAGGCCAACAACAACCAGGCCAACAGCAACCAGGCCAACAACAACCAGGCCAACAGCAACCAGGCCAACAACAACCAGGAUCUUCAAGCAGUGGUGGAAAUGAAUCAAUGAAUCCAUUUAUGCAAGGACCUUUGGCUAAUUACACUGUUGAGGACAUCAUCCAAUAUCACUUGUUGAAUGGCACCUAUCUUUUGAAGGAUCUUCAAGAAAAUACAACGGUUGUUUCCACCAUGGUGACCAACAACACCCUUGCAUUGAAUGGUCAACCUUUGCCUCUCUUGAUCAUGCGCAACGAAACUGGAUCCAAUAAUCAAUCCCAACAGCAAGGUGGUGCAGGUAGUGGUGGUUCUAUGACAAUGUCUUCGAUGAUGCAGCAACCAACCAUGUCGUCUUCUAUGAUGCAACAACAACCUUCAAGCCAACCAAGUGGUGCAGGUGGCAUGAGCAUGGGAUCACCUCAAGCUUCUCAACCCAUGCAAAGCCCUACAAAUCAACCCAGCUAUCCUACUCAGCAACAGCAACAGCAAGAUGAUGGUGGUAGCGAUGAUGGAUUUUCAUGGUACCCUUCACGAAUGGCUGUACGUCAAAUCUUGCAAGCCCAGCAACAGCAGCAACAGCAAAUGACCAAUUACACUGUUGGCAACGGCCUUCAAUUUGCCAACGUGACAUUGUAUGAUAUUGUUGCUUCCAAUGGUGUCAUUCAUGUGGUGGAUGAUAUCAUGAUUCCACCUCCAAAGUCUUCUGAAGCUCUCCAAAAUGUUUCCAGCAUCUCCCAAUUUGAUCUUUUUGUGCAACAUGCGGGUAACUUUGCAUCACAGCUUGAUUAUGCACCUAAUGUCACCAUCUUUGCACCUAGCAACCAAGCUUUGCAAUCUGUGAAUUUGAACAAUAUGGAUAGCAACACUAUCUCGCAAUUGGUUGCUGGUCAUAUUGUACAAGGCGAUGUAAUCUAUUCCACCAACGUGACCAAUACUACAGGUAGCAGCAGCGGCAAUGGUGGUAUGGGUGGCUCUGGUAAUGGUGGUAGCGGUACUGGUCAACAACAACCCGGCCAACAGCAACCAGGCCAACAGCAACCAGGUCAACAACAACCAGGUCAACAACAACCAGGUCAACAGCAACCAGGUCAACAGCAACCAGGUCAAAAUGGUGGUAGCGGUACUGGUCAACAACAACCAGGUCAGCAACAACCAGGCCAACAACAACCAAAUCAACAGCAACCAGGCCAACAACAACCAAAUCAACAACAACCAGGUCAAAGUGGUGGUAGUGGUACUGGUCAACAACAACCCAAUCAACAGCAGCCACAACGUAGACAACAACAACCUGAUCAACAACAACCAGGUCAACAACAGCCAAAUCAACAACAGCCUGGUCAACAGCAACCAGGUCAACAACAACCAGGUCAACAGCAACCAGGUCAACAACAACCAGGUCAAAAUGGUGGCGAUGGUACUGGUCAACAACAACCAGGCCAACAGCAACCAGGUCAACAGCAACCAGGUCAACAGCAACCAGGUCAACAACAACCAGGUCAACAAGGUGGUAGCGGCACUGGUCAAGGUCAACAGCAACAAGGUUUCGAAGUGCAAUCAGUUGCAGGCCAGCCACUUAUGCUUCAAGCUAUCAAUCAAACGGCAUUUUCAGUUAAUGGUUCUCAAGUCAUCCAACCCAAUAUUUUGACACAAACGGGCGUCAUUCAUGUUAUUGAUCAAGUGCUUGGCAUGAAUCAACAACAACAGGGUGGCUCUGGUCAAGGAUCACAACAGCCACAACAAGGUGGCGGUUCUGGUAAUGGCCAAGGAUCCCAGCAACCACAACAAGGUGGUGGCUCUGGUAGUGGUCAAGGAUCCCAACAACCACAACAAGGUGGUUCUGGCACUGGUCAACAACAAGGUGGUCAAACACAGCAACCACAACAAAACCCAACACCUUAUCCCGAGUCUCCAUUCCAGCAGUAA